GCUUUGUUCAAUUAAUUAAUAUCCAUUGAGUAUCUACAAUAUAGUGAUUCCAGCAAUAAUAAUACCUUAUAAAUGAAAUUUGCUUUACAAUUUAAAAGAAAAGGAAGACUUUUCACAUACAUUGUCUCCCUCUUCCCCCAAACCCAGUCAAGUGGGCAUAGAUUACCUAUUUUGCAGAUGAGAAAACAGAAGUAAUCCCAUGAAACAUGAGUGAUCUGGCUCACACAACUCAGUCAAAAAGGAGUGAAACCCAGGAGUAAAAUGUACGCUUUUAACCCUAAGCCUGGCUCUUUCCUUCCAUGUUGAUACUGACUCCACGGACCGGUAGGUGGUACUAGGACUUGUCCUUAGUAAUCUUACAAUAACCCCACACACCACAACCUCAGCCUCCAGUUCCCAUGGUGGUCACCCUCAUACUCUCAUAUUCCAGGCGAUGAUGCGAUUUUGCCAAUCGAAGAUCCCAGCAGAAGAACUCCCCUGAUGUUUAGGGGGAGUAGCCACUCUCCAUCUCCUUCCCAGAGAGCAUGGUAGCUCACACUUAUUGAGUUCUUAGUACAUGCCAGGCAUUGUUCUAGGCUUUUCAGGUGAAUUAACUCAUUAAAUCCUCAGAACAAAACCAUGAGGCAAGUACUAUUAUAAUAUUAUCUCCAUUUUGUGGACACUUAGGAGAGAUUGAGUAAUUUGCUCAGGGUUACACAACUAAUAAUUUUCAGAGACAAGAUUUGAAUUCUGGGGCCUGUGUUCCUAACCAAAUCACCAACUGCCUCUCCUGAGUCCAUCGUUCUUACCUUCUGGGGUCACGUGUACUGGAGAGAGUGCGAUUAAAGCUCUGGACCUUCUCCCUAGGAAAAGGCAGGUAAUUUUGCGUAUUUCGGGGACUUCCGGGACAUCUAAGACCCAGCGUCUGUCGACCUCGGCCUUAGAACCUCUGCUUAUCUCAUACAUCCUGGAGAGAAUUGUCCAGGGACAAAAACAGCAGCGCCGCCAGCGCCGCAGGACUUCGCCUCUGCAAACAUGUGAGGACAGCUGCGCGGCGCUGAGCUGCGUGGUGACGGAGAUGCCAGUUCGCCGGGAAUCAGGAACGGUGAGCUCCCGGGACCGCAAUGCCCUGAGAACGCAGCCGGAUCGCUGAGCCUCCGGAGUUCGGCAGCUGAAUGAAAUACGCAGGGAUCACCAGCUGGACUCAAAUCUUGCGUACCGGCCAGCAUCCUGGAGUCCUAAAACGCGGGGACUGGAGCGCACAGGCUCUCAGAACUCUGGUCCCAGGUGCACUGCAGCGGAGUCGCUGUUCGUGGUGCUGAAACGCUCGGCCCUGGAAGAGCGCGGCCGCCCGCCCGCCCGCCUGGUACCGCGCCGCGGCCACUGCGGGGAACUGUCCAGUGCUGAACACGGAUGCGGCCGGGCCCGCAGGGCUCAGACCCGAGCCUGCUGCACCCAGCGGAGCUCGGACCCAGCUCCUGCAAGCGCUGACGCAGAGCGCAGGGAGAGCCGGAGCGGCGAGCUCCAAGCCGGGCAUGGACCUGCAGAGACCCGAUUCCUACCAGGGAGGAGCUGGCCCUGACUUCAACGAGCACGUCCUGCAUAAGACCAUCCUGGUGGGUGACAGUGGCGUGGGAAAGACGUCUCUGCUGGUUCAGUUUGAUCAGGGCAAGUUCAUCCCGGGCUCCUUCUCGGCUACUGUGGGCAUCGGAUUCACGAACAAGGUGGUGACCGUGGAUGGCAUGAGGGUGAAGCUGCAGAUCUGGGACACCGCUGGGCAGGAACGGUUCCGAAGUGUCACCCAUGCUUAUUACAGAGACGCUCAGGCCUUGCUUCUGCUGUAUGACAUCACCAACAAGGCUUCUUUUGACAACAUCAGGGCCUGGCUCACUGAGAUUCAUGAGUAUGCCCAGAGGGAUGUGGUGAUCAUGCUGCUAGGCAACAAGGCGGAUAUGAGCAGCGAAAGAGUGAUCCGUUCGGAGGACGGAGAGACCCUGGCCAGGGAGUACGGAGUUCCCUUCCUGGAGACCAGCGCCAAGACGGGCAUGAACGUGGAGUUAGCCUUUCUGGCCAUCGCCAAGGAGCUGAAAUACCGGGCCGGGCAGUCAGCGGAUGAGCCUAGCUUCCAGAUCCGAGACUAUGUGGAGUCCCAGAAGAAGCGCUCCAGCUGCUGUUCCUUCGUGUGAAUCCCAAGGGGCAGAGAGGAGGCUCCGGAGGUCCAGGGGAUGCAGCCAUCCCCGCAGGCCUGGCUUAUUCCGAGCGCCUGAGCCAAUGGGGAGAAAGAUGGAGGACCCAGUGCACAGCCCGUUCCUCCAGGGAGCAGUACUCCAGCUCCUGCUUGAGUUCCUGUGGUCUCCCCAUCCACGGGGAGGGUAAAACACUUAGCUUUUAUUUUAAUAGUACAUAAUUUAGUACCAAAAAAAAAAUACCUGGAUGCCCAGAAAACCAAGGCUGGGAACUGGUGCCCCUUUUGCUUUCUAGGACUUGCGGGGCUGGGCCUCCCUCCUAGACAUAACAAAGGUGGUGAUGUUAUGUCCCCAGCUCCGCCCCAGGGGACACAGAUGCACUUUGGGGGUGAGGGCAGGUGAUGACUCCACCUCACCCUCAGUUCAGCUGGGAAGAGGCUGAGCUGACCACAGCCUUCACUGGCUCCUGCUCUCCAGGAGCUUAUCUGCGCCCCAUCCCCCAAAUACGCGAGCCUUUGUGCUGUGAGGGAGACCAAAGCCUCAGAGACUUUAAGAGAUACGGGAGAUAGGAGGGGGAAGCCAAAGAGCAGAGACUAGGGUCUGGCUGGCGACCUCUGGCCUUACUAACACCCCCCUGGAGGCGUGCCCCCUUUCUCCAGUACACAAGCACAUUGGGGCACCUGGAAAUACUGGUUCCAGGCUCCUGUUCUCUGGACCUCAGAUCCUGGGGAAGCCCCUCUCCGCUGAACCCCUGGCUUAGCUAUCUUUCUGCCUGUGCCCCUAAAAACCUCAGGUCAGAACUAGGAAAAGACUUUCUGCUUUUUAUUUUUUUGAGAUGGAGUCUUGCUCUGUCACCCAGGCUGGGGUGCAGUGGUGCAAUCUCUGCCCACUGCAACCUCUGUCCCCUGGGGCUCAAGCGAUCCUCCCAUCUCAGCCUCCCAAGUAGUUGGGAUUACUGGUGUGCACCACAACGCCUGGCUGAUUUUUGUAUUUUUUGUAGACACAGGGUUUUGCCAUGUUGCCUAGGCUAGUCUUGAACCCCUGAGCUCAAGGGACCUGCCAGCCUAGGGUGGGAUUACAGGCAGGAGUCACCACGCCCAGCCUAGAUGUUUCUUCUUAUCCCAAUCCUUUGGCAGGCAUGCAGCUCCACAGGCGAUUUCUUGAAACAGCCGAAAUGUUUAGCUUUCCUGAGUUAAGAGCCAGAUAAGGAGAAAUCCCUUUCCUAGGUUUGGAAUGUGUUGUGAACAAAGAGGAAUCCCUGGCUCCUGGAGCUGGUGGGAGAUGAGACUCAGCAAACCCCACUGACAUUCAUCCCUUUAAACCCAAGCUCUGCCUCCUCCCUGACCACCCAUGCCUUUUUUUUUUUU